AUGCCUAUUGGUAAAUUAGAGCCGUUCGAUUUAGCCAGUAAACAGUGGCCCGCGUAUAUUCGUCGAGUUCAACAAUUUAUAUUGCUAAACGAAAUCAAGUCUGAAUUACGAGUUCCUAUGUUAAUAACCGUGGUCGGCGAGGCGACAUAUUCGUUGAUGUGCGAUCUAUGUUCUCCUGCACACCCGGAAGACAAAACUUUCGAAGAAUUGGUGAGUUUAGUGUCGAGUCACUUAGAACCACAGCGUUCCGAGAUUGCAGAGCGCCACGUGUUCCGCUUGCGCAGGCAACUCGGAGAUGAAUCACUUGCCGAAUAUUUGCAAAAUCUGAAACAUUUGGCUUCGACCUGCAAUUUUGGAGUGACACUUGAAGAGAAUUUGCGGGACCAAUUUGUAUCAGGUCUUGCGAGCGAGGCGAUGCGGUCCCGUAUUUUUGCCGAAAGAAACAUUCGGUACAAGGAGGCGGUGGAGUUGGCUUUUGCGCUGGAGGCUGCGGAGAGACACGCGGAGGUGAGUGGUACCACGGCACCAGCAUCGACCUCAGGUGUUCGGAGCAGCAGUCUAGAAAGAGGCGAAGGUUUACAUCAGGCCGGGGAGCGCCGGGGGCGGCGAGACCUACGCUCGGUCUCUAGAGGAGGCACCAUGGAGACGCGACGGAGUCAGCGAAGCUCGGGGCCAUGUUGGCGUUGUGGAAAGCCACAUAGGGCGGAUAAGUGCCGAUUUGCGCUAUUAAUUAAAUUCUGA